CAAUGCGGGUCGGCGGCGGCGGCGGCGAGGGCGAGCUCCUGCGGGAGAUCCUCCGCGGCCUCUUGCGCCUCGCGCCCGUCGCGCCUGGGUGGUGCCGCGCAGCACCUCCCGGGAGCGGCCGGCGAUCUUCCUAGGGUUAGGAGUCCUUCUCCCUUCCCGAGAUGGGGGCGCGGAUCGAGCUGGCCUGCCGCGCCGCCCUCCGCCGUCAGGGAGAGGGAUCAACCGGGUUCCAUGGUCAUGGUGGUCAGCAAAAUUCUGAAUUCCAUAGAAGAAAUUCCUCUUCUGUGUGUGUGGCAGGAAGGCCAUGAGCCUGAUUGAUAACAGCACAACCAUUUGGGCUGCUUCAGGACUUUGAUUAUAUCGAUACAUCACACACCGUAAUGACGCUAGUCCAUGGCUGCAUGUCCAAUGCUGUUCAUGGGAGGGAUGGAGUCGAGAUCCUCGAGUCGUCUUAUCCUGUUGCAUUGUCUUAUGCCUUUCUUGCCUUUCAAGAUGCUUAAGAUAGUGUCGAAGUUAGGUGCCUGGGGGUUCAUGACACGGCCAUAGUCGAUUUCCAUUACAGUAGUAAUUUCUUGUGUGUCUUCCCCGCUGCUCUCUUUCGGAAGAAAAACGUCCUUUAGAAUCUUGUGAAAGAGUGCACCUUCUCCCUUUCCUUCCAUUAGGCGUGCUCUUUUUGUCUGCGUGUCCUUAUUUUUGCGAGGUUUCUGCAUCAUCAGAUGGCAAUUAAAGAAAUUAUUAAAGGGAGGAAGAAGUCAGUAAUGGCAUGAUGUAAAUACCCUUAUGGACAAAAUAGUAUCAUUGCAAGAGUUAAGUGAGGCUCACCUUAACUUUUUCCUAAGUUAAAAAAGUGUUGGUUUCUCGGUGCUCUUCAUAUUAAAAAAGUGUUGUAUGUGAUGGUAGAAAUACCUUAUGGAAAAUAAGUAGAGUUUAGUGAGGCUCGCCUUAUCUUUGAGUACCUUCUUCCCCCUUCUUGCCUUGACGCCAUAUGGCGUAGCAAGUUGUGGCCCCUACGCUUAGUCUAAAUUCUAUAAAUGGACUCCUCCUGUGCCACUGCUGCCUCUUCCAACCCGAGAAGUGGAGGCACGCCGCUGCCAUGUGCCAUGGUGGCUGCCAUGGAAUGAUGGAAUUGCUUGGAUGGUGGUUGCAAAGGAGAUCAACACCAAUGGUUCGUAAUUGGCAUAUUUGCAGGGAUGAUGAACCAGACUUGUAAUCUCUGGUGCUGAUUUCUUUGAAAGACAUAACAGUGGGCUCCAUGGAGCAUGAUGGAUUUCAGACUGUUGCUUCCGCCAUGUCUCAAGGUAAUGGACCUCAAGUUUCUGAGUGUGGUGCCAUAAAUCUUGGUCAGCCCAAGCGUAAGCGGAGGGACCUGAAACAUGCUAUGCCAACUGAUGCUAUACCAACUGGUGCCAAGGCAAAUAAGGGGAAGAAGGCCCUCAAGGUCAAGGUGAGCCUUGCCAGCCGGGCAGAAAAGGUUAAGAAACCCCGCAAAAAUAAGUACACGCAGAUAAAAAGCACGCCUAAUGUAAGGAAAGAGAGGAAGUGCACUCUCUUGCGAGAUUCUAGAGGACGUUUUCUUCCAAAAGAGAGCAAUGGGGAAAACACACAAGAAAUUACUACCGUUAUGGAAAUCGACUAUGGCCGUGUCAUAAACCCCCGAGCACCUGACUGCGCCACCAUCUUAAGCAUCUUGAAAGGCAAGAAAGGCAUAAGACAAUGCAACAAGAUCAGGCGCCUCAAGGAUCCUGACUUCGUUUCUCUAAUGAACGCCAUGAACAACACUGAUCAUGUGGCAAAGGAUGAUGGUCACUAUGAUGUGCUGAAAGUCUUGAUGCAGGCAGAUGGUUGGUCUGAAUAAUAAUUUUUGUUUUUUUAGAUCGAAACAUUCAGUCCAAAUAUAAAAACUUCCAUUCAUGGUUGCCCUUAAGUUACGGGGUAUAACAAGCUUUAAAGCUUUAAUGGUUUCAUGGAGCUUGGUGGUUUAUGGUAAUAAUAUGAUGUUCGUUUUUCCUUCUUGUAUAUGUAUCUUCUUUCUACCUUUGUCAAUCUUUUGCCGAUUUGCAUUUGUACUUUGAAAUCUAGCAACUGUAACCCUAUAUAAUAUUUGUGUAUAACUCUCUGGUUAGU